CUGACGGCCCCAGUCAGGGAAUUUCAAUUUGAAACCCGGCGGAGGGUGGAGGCGGCAGGCGCGGAAGGCCGGUGGCCGGGGCUGAAGCGGGACGCAUCCCCGGGGCGAGCAAGCUCGAGAGGGGCGGUGUCCGGUGUAAGCUGUAACCAUGACUACUGAAGUUGGCUCCGCAUCCGAAGUGAAGAAGGGCUCUGACCAGGCAGGAGCAGAUGCAUCUAAGGAGAAAGCUAAAGAAGUCACAGAAAAUGAGCAGAAUCAGUUAUCUGAGCCAGAGGAGGAGAAAGGUUCCCAGCCAGGUCCUGCAGUUGAAAGCCAAAGUAGUCCCCGCCGCCGGAAAAGAGAGAAGGAUCCAUCUGAGAGCAGGGGUAUUUCUCGGUUCAUACCCCCGUGGCUUAAGAAGCAGAAGUCUUAUAACUUAGUAGUAGCCAAAGAUGGAGGAGAUAAAAAAGAGCCUACCCAAGCUGAUAUGAAAGAACAGAUCUUGAAUAAAGAGGAUUCCCUUCCUGAAGAAGAGAGUCGGGCCAAGGGCGAUGCAGAAGAAAUGGCUCAGAGGAAACACUUUGAGGUUAAGGUGGAGGUCAAGGAAGAAAAGUCUUCCGUGAAAAGCAGUGCUGAGCCCCAGCCUACUGAAGAAGUAAGGAAGGACAGAGAAGAGGAAAAGAUAAAGGAAACCCAGGAAGACAAAGUGGAAGGAGAGGCAGCAAAUAGGGAGACCAAGGAAGUACAGACCAGUGAGCUGAAAGUAGAGGUGGCUUCUCAGAAAACUGCCAAGAAGACCAAGGCUGUCCUGGCCAAAGUGACCCUCCUAGAUGGCACCGAAUACAGCUGUGACCUUGAGAAACGUGCUAAGGGGCAAGUGUUGUUUGACAAAGUGUGUGAACACCUCAAUCUCCUGGAGAAGGACUACUUUGGGCUUCUAUUUCCGGAAAAUGCUGAGCACAAAAGCUGGUUAGAUCCCGCAAAAGAAAUAAAGAGACAGCUGAGAAACCUUCCCUGGCUGUUCUCUUUUAAUGUGAAGUUUUAUCCUCCGGAUCCUUCUCAAUUGACUGAAGAUAUCACCAGAUAUUUCUUGUGCCUUCAGCUGAGGCAGGACAUCUCAUCUGGCCGCCUGCCCUGUUCCUUUGUGACUCAUGCUCUUUUGGGAUCAUACACACUGCAGGCUGAACAUGGAGACUAUGAUCCAGAAGAGUAUGACAGUAUCGAUCUUAGUGACUUCAAAUUUGCCCCAGGCCAGACCAAGGAGAUGGAAGAAAAGGUGGCAGAACUGCACAAAACUCACAGGGGCUUAUCUCCAGCACAAGCUGAUACUCAGUUCUUAGAAAAUGCAAAGAGGCUUUCCAUGUAUGGUGUUGACCUGCAUCAUGCCAAGGACUCUGAAGGUGUGGACAUCAAGCUGGGUGUGUGUGCUAAUGGCCUUCUCAUUUACAAAGACAAACUGAGAAUCAAUCGUUUUGCUUGGCCGAAGAUCCUGAAAAUCUCCUAUAAGCGCAGUAAUUUCUACAUUAAAGUUAGACCAGCAGAGCCAGAACAGUUUGAGAGCACCAUUGGAUUCAAAUUGCCAAACCAUCGGGCAGCUAAAAGGCUAUGGAAAGUAUGUGUGGAGCAUCACACUUUCUACAGGCUUUUGUCUCCAGAGCAGCCACCUAAGGCCAAGUUCUUGACCUUGGGGUCCAAAUUCCGAUACAGUGGACGCACCCAGGCACAGACCCGCCAAGCAAGCACCCUCAUAGAUAGACCAGCACCACACUUCGAGCGUGCCUCUAGUAAACGUGUCUCAAGGAGCCUAGAUGGAGCUCUGAUUGGUGUUGUGGACCAAAGUCUUAUGAAGGAUUUUCCUGGCCCUCCUAGAGAGGGUUCAACACAUGGCCCUGGAGCUGUCAGCUAUACCAGCGUACAAGAUGGAGAUUCCAGGAAGGAUGUCAGAAGCCCAGCAAAAGCUGCACCCCUGCUUGCUGAGGGAAAGAAAAAUACCUUGAGAGUAGAAGGGGAUAAUAUUUAUGUCAGACAUAGCAAUUUAAUGUUGGAGGACCUGGAUAAGGCCCAGGAGGACAUACUGAAACACCAGGCUAGCAUUAGUGAGCUCAAGCGCAAUUUUAUGGAGUCUACACCCGAGCCGCGCCCUAACGAAUGGGAAAAACGACGUAUCACACCUCUGUCCCUACAGACACAAGGGAGCCUAGAAGAGGAGAUAACAUCAAUUUUGUUUAGUGGAAAGGGCUUUUCUCAUAGUGUGAGAGCCUCCUUCCCUUCAGCCACCACUUGGACAGCAGAGGGCGCUGCUGUGAACUCUAACGCACCUAGAGAAAUGCUUUCUUCUGCGCCCUUCUCACGCUUGACUGAGACUCGCGCUCCUGCAUCGGAAGGGCCUUGCACUGGAGCCAGGGACGCUGUUAAGAGUUCACAUGAGACUCUGAAUGUAGUGGAGGAGAAGAAACGGGCAGAGGUUGGGAAAGACGAAAGAGUAACCACAGAAGAAAUGAAUGGUAAAGAGAUGUCAGCUGGGAGUGGUCCUGGGGAGACUCGUAAGGUGGAGCCCGUGACACAAAAAGACUCCACCUCCCUGUCUUCUGAGAGCAGCAGCAGCAGUGAGAGUGAGGAGGAAGAUGUGGGAGAGUACCAGCCCCACCACCGAGUGACCGAGGGCACCAUAAGGGAAGAACAGGAGGAGUAUGACGAGAUGGAGGAAGAGCCCGGCCAAGCAGUCAAGGUAGUAGAGAGGGAGGCAGCAAUGCCCGAAGCCAACCCAGACAGACAAGCAGAGGCCAGUAUACUCCCAGUAGAAACAGAGGCCCAGGAAGCUGUAGUUGCCCAAAAGUUGCCUGGAGAGAAGAGUGUACAUGGAGACACUGUUAAGCAAGACAUAAGAGAAGAGACCGAGGAAGAGCAACACACAGUUAACGGAGAGGUGCCCCAUGUUGACAUUGAUGUUUUACCAGAAAUUAUUUGUUGUUCAGAGCCACCAGUGGUAAAAACAGAGAUGGUAACAAUUUCUGAUGCCUCACAAAGGACAGAAAUCUCCACCAAGGAAGUCCCCAUUGUUCAAACUGAGACCAAAACCAUCACAUAUGAGUCUCCACAGAUUGAUGGCGGGGCUGGUGGUGAUUCGGGCACGUUACUGACUGCACAAACCAUCACAUCUGAGUCCGUGUCAACAACGACAACCACACACAUCACCAAGACUGUGAAAGGUGGAAUCUCUGAAACAAGAAUUGAAAAACGCAUUGUGAUCACAGGAGAUGCAGCCCUUGAUCACGAUCAGGCACUGGCUCAGGCCAUCAGGGAAGCCAGAGAGCAGCACCCGGAUAUGUCGGUCACAAGGGUGGUGGUGCACAAAGAAACAGAGUUGGCAGAGGAAGGAGAAGAGUGAGAGAGUCAUUUUUUUAAAGCAACAUUCAACUUCAUGAAUCUGAAGAACUUUGACCAUUCCAAGUCUUAAUGCCACACCACUACUCCAGCAGUUUUGUGCUACAACUGGUAACAAUGGCCAGAAGCCUGAAGAAUUAAAAUGCCAACACCAAACCUUACCUUAACAGCUCUGGUCCAUACUGUUCCCAUGUAUCUCUAAUAUAUUGUUUGUUUUAUAACCACUUCUAAAUAUUCUUGCUUCCUCUUUUCUUUCUGUCUUUUUUUCUUUUUUAAUUCUUUGGUUUUUGUUAAGAGUUUUGUAUUUGUUUCCUUUUCCUACCUGUUUUUUAUGACUCAUUUGCUCAAAUGACAGUGAACAAAGCCAGCUCAGGCUGGUAAGGUGCUGUUCACUUGAACAGGUGCUGUUAUAUGGAAAGGAAACUCUGUGACUAAUUUAGAUAGUGGCUUUCUCUCUUCAAAGUAGUUUCCAUUGUACUCGUACAGUCGGUAUCUGCAGUUUUCAGACUGCAGUGAAUGUACUGCAUGAGGACAGAUUAAUACCAAUUCAGAGCACUUCUUACAUCUUGAAAUAUUUCUAAUAUUUGGGAAUUUCACUAUGGAUGACUUUUAUAUUGACUUUCCAGUCCUGUGACUUUGUAUUUUAGUAAAGUCAGAGACUCUCUAGACUGGAGAAUUAUGAAGCUCACUGACCAAGCACUGUGUUCAGAGAUCAUCACCCACAGUGCAGUACUUCUCAGACAUACGCUUUGCCACAGCAUUCCAGAACAGGAGGAGAACCGCGGAAUGUGCCCUUCUCUUUUCCUACUAAAAGAAAAUCAGGCAGCUUAAAUUAAAGCCUUAGUGCUUUCUCUCUUAACCUUUCCAGUUUCAGUACUUCCCAUUAUUUGAACACUUGAGUAGAACACUUGCUUUGUAUUAAACUUUGUCUACAUGUAAAACUGACCUUUUGUUACUGAGCAGAUAUAUCUCUUAAGAUAGUUUGAUAACUCACAGGUUUGAAGAUGCUGGGGAUAAGAGGGUUGGGGACAGUGGUGGGGAGUUCUGUUGGUUAUAUGAAAGCUAUUCCAUUUAAAGCUGACACCAGAGACCUGAUAGGGACUUAUUAACUGUAUUGAACAUGUCUUUCAUUUGCUUUUGACUGUAUAGUUAAUGAUGCCAGGUUAGAUUUAUAGCAGCUUCAAGUUGUAUUAAAUGAUAUUUUGCUUUAUGUAAUACUGUUAUAAAAUAAAACUGUUUAUUCUAUAAACUUGUCACUUCUUCUUAUAAACAU